AUGAACAUGAGCGACGCACCUGCUGCGCGGCUGUACGACGUGCCUAGUAGUGCGGCGCCGCAGGGCACGCCCGCUGCGUGGCCGAUCUACGCCGUGCCACGCGUCGCGCCCCCCGCGGCUGUUGCGCCGAUGCAGGCGCCGCGUGAGCCCGAGAGCAUGGAAGAGCAGUCUUCCGACUCGCCACGCACACCCUCGCCCAUACUCGGCGGUACAGACGCCGAGCGCGUCGCGACACCAGGGCACCUUACCUUUCCGCAGGUUGGCCUCGGGACGAUGGAGCAAGAGAUGCAGCUGCUCACUUCGCUCGAGGACCUCGAAGAGGCGGACGCGCCGGCAGAGCGCGCCGAGACCGAUAACCUCGCGUCCGAGAUGCUCGAGCGCCUCGCCGCGAUCCGCCGCGAUGAAAAUGCACCCUCGCCGCACCAAGCCGAGCUCACCACGAUGGUCGAGACCCUGGCGCAGCGUGUGCAGCAGCAGCAAGAGUCGCGUGAGAAGCUGCGCCACCUGGUGCGCGUAACGCGCCUCGCGUCGCUCUCUCUCCUCUCUUCCUUGCGCAUUUCCUACUCACAUAUGCUGCAUGCCGAGCGCGAUAUCAACUCGCGCCUCGAGGUCGAGCUGUCCGGCUCCAAGAGCCAGUCGCGCAUGCUGAGCGACAUGGUCUCGCGCGCCUCGCUCACCCACGACGACGAGCGCCGCACGACGCCGCAGCGUGCAAGCGACGUCCCGGACGAUGAGCGCCGGCCCCCGCCGACGCCGCCCGCCGCCGCCGAGCGCAACAAGCUCCUGGCCGAUAAGCGCUACCUCCGCCAGCGCGUGCACGACGCGGAAGCGCAGGUCGCGCGCCUCGAAUCCGAACUCGAGGCGCUGCGCCCGGUGCUCCUCCGCCACUCGCACGACGAGCCGCCGAUCGCGCCGAGCCGCACGCCGCGCACGCCGCGCCGCCACCGCGAAGCGGUGAUGGGCGACGCCAAGUCGGAGCACCUCCUGCUCGCCGCGCGCAUGCUGCGCACGCUGCGGCACGCGGCGCGCGGCCACGCCUCGCCGGGCUCGACGCUCACGGAUAAUUCCCCGACCAAGUACAAGACGGACGCGCUGGACGGGCCGCAUACCCCCCGCACGCGCGAGUACCCCACGACGCCCAAGAGUGCGGUGCGCCCCCGCGUCGUGACCGACGAGCAGGCGCUUGCGCCGCGCGAGUGGGCGGGCAGCGCGCCGCUGAGCGGGAUCGACGAGCUGCUGCACGCCGCGCAGUCCCUGCGUGGCUCGGAAACGGAAAACACGUCGCCGCGCGUCGGCUACCGGCACUCGGAGGGGUCAACACACUACGAGUCCCCUGCGCGCGCCUCGCCGACGCGCCCCGCGUGGCAAGCUCCGCCGGCGUCUGCGCCGGUCUUUGGCAGCCCAAAGCGCCGGCGCGUGUCGCCCUCGGCGAUGGACAUCGAAGAGCACGCCGGACAUGCGCGCACACCCGGCACGGACCGCCUGUCGGCGCUCGAUGUGCUUGCCGAUCAGGCUGCGACACACGAGGCGCCCGAGCGCAGCCCCCCAAAGACGCCGAGCGAGGCGCACCACCGCCGCACGCACUCCUCGUCGCACCCUUCGUUGGACCAGCCGAGCUGGACGCCCGUGUCGCAGCCCAAGACGAGCCAGUCGGCCGUCAAGCCGCGGGGCGUGGGGGGGAACCAGAGCCCCGAAAAGCGCUUGCCCUACGUACGCUGGUCGGCGGAGGAAGAUACAAAGCUGCGCAAGGCCAUCAAAGAGCACGGCCAGCGGUGGGAGCACGUCGCGCGGGCGGUCGGCACGCGUUCCUACCACCAGUGCCGCCAGCGCUACCUGCUCAUGCGGCGCAAGGAGGCGGCCGCCAACGGCCUCGCAUCGCCGAGCAAGAGCACCGGCGCACGCACCCCGGUGCGCACCCAGGCGCGCCCGACACACUCGACGCACCCCACGCCGUUUGCCGAGACGCGCGAGGCGCCGCCGCCGCCGCCGGAGGAAGAGCAUGGCUCCUCGGAAUCGUCGUCCUACGACGCCGAGGGGCAGGCGCACGCCGCGCCGGUGCCUGUGCCGCCGCAGCCAGUGUUUACCUCGCCGCACGCGCGGCGUUUGCGCGGGGGCGCGUAG